AAUGACAAAAAAUCUGUGCAGAUGAUGUAUCAGCAAGGUAGAUUUAAAAUGGCCCACAUACAAGAGAUCAACGCUCAAAUUCUUGAACUCCCUUAUAAUAAAAAAUCACUGAGUAUGAUCAUACUGCUACGAGAUGACAUCACCGAUAGAGAUAAUGGCCUGAAAAAGAUUGAAAGGACAAUGACUGCUGAGAAAUUAGCACUUUGGACCUCCUCAGAAAGCCUGAUGGAGAGAAAAGUGGAGGUGUAUCUUCCAAGGUUCAAACUUGAGGACAUGUUUAAUCUCAAAUCAUCUUUAAAAGAAAUGGGGAUGACUGACGUCUUUGCGGAGUUAAAAGCCAAUCUUUCUGCAAUAUCAGAAAUAAAAUCUCUAAAUAUGUCAGAGGCUGUUCACAAGGCCUAUGUGGAGGUUAACGAGGAGGGCACUGAGGCAGCAGCAGGCACAGGAGCAGUCAUUAACCAAAGAUCCUUGCCAUCUAGUGAACUAUUUAUGGCUGAUCACCCUUACUUCUUUUUUAUCCGGCACAAUCCCACCAAUACCAUACUCUUCUUGGCAAACUGUGCUCUCCUUAAAAUCAAAGUACAUUUUUUGUUUUUUACCACAGCCAGGGACAGAUGGAACAAUAUUGAACUGCAGCCUGGCAUGAAAUAUUAAGGGAAAAGUUUAUUUUCUCAAUACUUUUCUAAUCCCUUGACAUUCAAACUAGAAAUGCUGAUGAUAUCUCCUUCAAUCCCUUUCAUAGGGGCCAUAGACUUAGGGUCCAUUCUGCUUCCACAUACCAGAAUUCUUACUGUAAUGUAAUUUAGGCCAGCAGUUCACAAAUGUUAAGAGCUCUCUAAAAGUCAAAAAAGGUACAUGGUAUACCACCCAAAUGCUUAUAUUCACUACAUUUGUAGCUCAGUCUUACUACUUUGGUUAGGGGCAGAUCCAGGAUUUCCCAAAGCAGGGUUCAGAAUCAGUACCCCACACUGCAGGGGUAUGUAGUG